UAUGAGUCUUCUGUGGCUGCAUGCCGAAUGCGAUAAUAUUAGAACAGAAGAUGAAGCUGACAAAGCAGUGGAAAGUGGUUAUCAUUGUAUAUUAUGUAGGCCGUUUACUGGACAUAAAGUUUCGGUUCCAGCAUAUGCUGCCGAAAAUGAAACAACUGAUAACUCACAAAAAAGUACUGGAAACACUCCUGCCUUAUCAAUAACAAUAAAUCCUUUGAGCAUGUCUCCUAAGGCUCAAAAUAUAGAAACACCGUCAACGCCCAGAAGUGUUAAACGUUACAUGUUGGAUGGAGUUUUCUUAUCUGAAAGAGGAAUUGAUCACAUUCGAAGUUUAACAAUAAAAGUGCCAGAAAAACCUAAGAGACCUGAAUGUAUUGUCAUCAUGUCUAGAUUUAUGCUUUCAACCGACAGGCGAAAACAAAAGCUAUCAAAUGAUAAACAAAAAGGCGCCCUCAACAAAUUGUUUGAUUUAGAUGAGAAUGAUGAUGGUAAAGAUGAUGAAGAGGGAGAAGAUGGUAUUUCUAAAGAAGAAACAAUGUCAAUUUCAGAAAGACGAAAAAACAGGCGAGUUCAACUGCUGGGGAUUGGUGGCUUUUGCCCUCGAAAACGAACGCCAGCAAGAGGUGGAGUUCCUAGACAUAGAGGUGGAGGAGCCAGAGUAUUAAACAGAAUGGAUAGUCAAACAGAUGCACAAGAAGACAUGAAUCUCGAAAUGGAAAAUGGUAAAAGAAAACGUAAACCGUUUAGAAGAGCCAGAAGAUGUUAUUUAGAAGAAUACUUCCCAAGCUAUCUUCAGGAAGCUUUCUUUGGUAAAACAUUAGUGGAUCGAUCUAAGAAUGCGGAGGUUAAGGAACUUGAUGAAGAAAAAGAAGAUGGUGGUGAUGAAGUUGGAAAGGGAUCUCUGUUGGGCUACCCAACAAAGUCCUUCCUGGAUAGAACAACAUCGGAGUCAACAACUGCUUUUGUAGCCACACCGCCUCGACAGCAAGAAACAUCCGAUCAACACGUGGAUUCUAAUUAUGAAGAUGAUUUGAAAGAUAUUUUACCGUCAGACGUCGAUAUGGAGCUGUUCAUUAAUACUAAUUUGAAAACUGACGAAUUAACAGAGCAAUCUGAAAAUGUGUUUGAACCAAGCAUUGACAAUGAUGAACCAAUGAGCGCUGUAGAUGAUAUUAAUUUACCUCAGGAUCUCAAUAAACUGGAAGAGAUGGAUUCUAAAACUGUUGAGGAAUUACUUGGUGUAAUGAAUGAAGAAAAUGAAGAAAACGUUCAGGUUGAACCACCAGCAAGCAAUUUAAGUGAAGCUUCAACACCCUCUAAUUCUGGUCCACCUUCUGUCGCUGCAUCAUCUAACGAUGGUUCUAACACUGUACCACAAGGGCCCCUUAGUGGUGGACAUAGUCUUCCUGAUGCUCAAGAAAAUAAUUUUCCACUACCGGCAAUGCACGGAUUUUCCACCAAUACAACAGCAACUCCUCCACAACACCCUAUAAGCUUACCUGCUAUGUCUCCUAGACCAGCUGGAAUUCAAAGAUAUCCAUUACAAGGAGGUGUUCGACCACCGCAUCCUCAUACAGUAGCUCAGCCGACACAUAGCCCAGUUUCAUAUCCACCCUCAAGUGUCAUGCAGCAACCUCACCCAUCUGCAGGAAAUAUGGCGCUUAUGCAUCCUACUCCAAACCAAGGAACAUCUCACACUCAAGAAUAUCCUGGAGUUUUUAUGGACAAUAAUCAAGUCAGACCACACGGACCAUCAGCACCCACACCGACUUGGCCACAACAGCAGCCAAGUGAAAGUGAUCAGAGUUACAGUAAACGAAAUAUUGCAAAAUGGCAGCUUGACGAACCUCUUGGUGACAUGGCAACAAUUUCUCCAGUCCUCUAUUGUAAUAUGAAGCAUCCAGAACUUAAGGAGAAAUAUCCCGAUUGGAACGAACGAUCUAAGCAAAUUGCUAAAUUAUGGAGAAAAGUUCCUUCUGAUGUACGAGCUCCUUUUCUCACAAAAGCGAGAGAGAAUCGCGCAGCAUCACGGCUGACAAAAGCACAAAGAGUUACAAACGAUUAUAGAAAGAAAAAGACAUCAACAACCGAUAUGCCCCCACCCCCACCUCCAAAAAAUUUACCAGAGACACCGUCUCCGAUAGCUUUACCUUUAUCUUCACCUGUUGGAAGCUCUAGUCCAUCCACAUCUUCAGCUGCUAAUGUUACAACUAGUCCCGUCAUAGCCCCAAUUAAUUCUCCACAAACGGGAAAUAAUAAUAAUAGUAACAAUAAUAAUAAUAAUCCAAUGUCAGCUCCUGUAACACCAUCAAAUGAAGAUAGUCAGCAUUCUUGGGCAGAGAAGCCUCACAGUCCAGAAGAAAAUGUGACUCAACCAGAACCCAAAUCCAUAAAAGAAGAGAAAGAAGAGACAGGAGAUAUAGAGACCAAAAAGAAUAUAUCGUCAACUACUAUUUCAACACAAUCGCCUCAAUGUAUUCCACCACCUUUACCGCAAAAUCCAGGUCAAGCGCAGGUUCAGCCUCAGCCGCAAACUCAACCGCCACCUGUAUCCCAACAAGUGCAGGUUCAUGCGCAAGCUCAAGCUAAGGCUCAAGCGCAGGCACAAGCUCAGGCUCAGGCUCAGGCUCAAGCACAAGCCCAGGCUCAAGCACAGGCACAGGCUCAAGCACAGGCUCAAGCCCAAGCACAGGCUCAAGCCCAAGCACAGGCUCAAGCCCAAGCUCAAGCCCAAGCUCAGGCUCAGGCUCAAGCGCAGGUACAGGCUCAGGCCCAAGCAAAAGUCCAAGGACAAAGCCCAGUCCAAGCCCAAGUUCAACCACAAGGUCAGCCUCAACACCCGCCUCAGCAUCCGCCUCAAUCUCAGAACCAACCUCAGACACAACCUCAAAUACCGCAACAGCAUCCGCAACAAACUCAACAUCAACAGUUGCAUUUGCAACCUCAUCAGCAGAUUCAGCAAGCUCAGAUGCAACAACAGCAAAUGCAGCAACAAAUGCAACAACAGAGUGCAAUCCAUUCUGGUCCUGUUAGACCUCCCCUCCAGAGUCCACAGCCAAUGCCAGGUAGAAUGGAAUAUCCUGGCAUCAGAACGACAAAUUUUCAAGGUCAAAUCAGACAGCCUGUCAUGUCAGAAUCAUAUACGGUAAAUCGACCAAUGCCACAACAGCAACCACAGCAACAACAGCCUCCUCAGCAGCAGCAACAGCAACAGCAGCAUGACCACUUUCAAUUUCAACCUCCAACACCCAGACUUACGUCGCCAGAUCAUUACGAUCCAUACGCUCAACAGCCAUCAACUCCCAUGCCACAAGGAAAUCCUCAUGAGAUCAGGCACAGAACUCCAUAUGGUCACCCACAGCAGUAUAGAAUGAAUAGCCCUCAUCAUGUAACAUACCCGAGAGUUCCUGGUCCUCAAGAACAUUAUGCAUCAAAUGUUGAAGGCAGUCAUGGCAUGUAUAGUGAUCAAACGUCCUGGUCUUAUAGAAGACCGUUGAAUACAACAAAUUAUUGGCAGAAUAAACCAAAGAUGAGACAGGAAAAGAGGAGACAUCAAGAGCUAGGACAAGUUCAAGCGUCCCAAAUGAGUCAUCACAUGCAAAGAUGGACACAACCUCCCAAAUCAGGUUAUCCACAUCAUCCAUACGGAAUGGAAAAUGAACCUAGACAGCACAUGGCUUAUCCUAAUGUUACUGUAGGCCCUCGGACAACUGGUGAACCUGUUGGGCAUCGAUGGCCAGUUAGUCAGGGUUAUCCUCAUAGUCACAUGAUGAGACCAGCAAUGGCUCCAUCUGAUAUGGAUCCCCAAUACAGAGCUCGAAUGCAACAUCCUGGCAUGCCAGAACAGCAGCAACAAUAUAUGGCAAGAGCUCAAAUUCCUCCACCAGGCCAUUAUCCCCCAGGGCAUCCGGGAAAUAUGGUGAGAUCUAGAUUUAAGAUUUCAAAAAUACUUACGUCUGACGAACAGAUGUAUCCGGAGAGAAUGAGACGGUAUCAAGAGCAAAAUAUGCAAGGAGUUAUGGGAAUGCCCAGACAUCAAUACCCUCAGCAGCAACAACAGCAGCAGCAACAACAACAACCUCCGCAACAACAACAACAACCUCAAAUGCAACAUCAAAAUAUGCAUCAUAUGAUUCCAAUAUCAUCGCAAUCUCCUGGUGCUUCAACGGGAAUGAGAUUACCAAAUAGUAUGACUGGCAUGAAAUCUGAUCAGGAUUUGGAUGACUUGUUGGGAGAGGAUGGAAGCUUUAAUAUUCUUGAUUUGGCUGAAGGAGAUUUGGACUUAGAUUCAGAUAAAAACAUGUUUGACGAACAUUUGGGCUUGGGAAAAGAUACUCAAUCAAAAACAGGUGCCGCUGAGAGCAGCGGGUUGCAAAAGACAUCUGCAACUGAAUCAGCCGAUAAUCGUGGGGCUGCCCCCAACCCAGGGAAAUCCCACCAAAACGGUGACAAAAAGAACGAUAGCUCUGAUAAGCCAGAUGGUGCUGCUUUUUUGGAUGGUGCUUUUGAUGAAUCUGAUGAUGACGAUAAUGAUGAAGACAUGGAAGUUGAACAGAUAAUGUAUUUAGAUGGUGCAGUUGAUACCGAAAAAGACAAACCCAAUGAAACCCCUCCAGCUAAUCCUGAUUUACAACCGGCUGCUUCCACACUUCAACAACUUGCCAAAGCACACGCUUUGUCAAGACAGUCCAGCGGCAGCCAGCCAAGUACUCCAACAACUCCUAGCAAUCCUCCAACUCCAGGUCAAGGACAGGGGCAUCCAAGAUCACCUUUUGCAAUGAGUCCACGUAUGACAGCUGCUCAGCCACAAAGUAUGCCCCAAAUGCCACAAGGCCAAAUGAGAAUGUCUAUGCAACAAAUUAGACCGGUACAGCAACCAAUGCACAGGAUGAAUAUUCAAAGACCCACGUAUCAACAACAGUCUCAACAAGUUAUGUCAGGCCAAAAUCAAUUUGUAAUGUAUCAAGGUCAUCAAAAUCACCCGAUGCAUCAGCAGAUGUAUUCUAAACAUCCUAGUCAUAUGUAUGUCCAACAUAGAAUGCCGAAUUCUAUGCAACAGUAUCCAGGACAAAAUCAGCAACCAAUGCAACAAUAUGUGUCUCAGCCUCACCAAUCACCUGUUCCUAACAUUCAAUCUCCUUUGAGGCCUGUACAGAGUCCAAUGGGUCAAAUUCCUGGCCAUUCUCCUCAUAACUCUUUGCCGACUCAUAGUCCAAUUCCAUCAGGUCCAAAUCAAAGUCCUGCUGCGGCUCAAUCUCCUUUACAUCAUCCUGUUCCAUCACCUAGAUCAGGAAGUGACACGCCUCAGCAGACGUCAUCUCCAAGAGCACCGGCAACCCCAGGAUCAGAAUCUUUGGAACAAUUAGAAGGAGCCUAUUCAUCAUGUAAUUUAGAACAAUCGCGAAGACAACAAUCGUCAAUUGGACAACUUUUGGGUCAUCAGCCUGUCGUUCGAUCGACUCUACCGUCCUAUACGCAAGCUGUUCAGAGACCCCAAACUGCAUCAGAUAUGCCAAUGAAUCAGCAACAAUUUCAAUAUGGGCCGGUUAGUACCCCUCCUCAAGGAGCCGGUCCGGUUAGACAUGUUAUGCGUGGCCAAAUGUAUCAUCCAAUUUCCCAAUCACACCAGAUGAGAAUGCAGCAACAGCAACAACAACAACAACAACAGCAACAACAGCCACCACCACAACAUUCCCAACACCCUCAACCAUCUUAUCAGUACCAAAGGAUGCCUGUUCAGCGACAGCCAUACACUCAACAUAUACGACCGAUGACUCCAAGACAAGCUGCUCCGAUUAGACUUCAACAAAUGGAACAACAACAACAACAACAACAACAACAACAACAACAACAACAACCACCACCACCACUUCCUGUUCCUCCCAACGCCAUUGCUGUUGAAACCCCGACUACAGUUACACAGACAACAACGGCAGCAAGUAGUUGUGUCAAUCCAACUAGCUCAAGUUCUAGUACAGGAGAUUCAUCUUCGUCACCGACUGAUUCUAAAGAUAGAGCGCCGCUCUUACACGAGCAACCGCUACUGUUGCAAGAUUUAGUUGAGCAAGAAAAGCAAGAACAACAACGACAAGCUGAGCAGCAAUCAUUGAUACCGGUUGAUACCAAACCUACGCCUACUCCCGUAAAUCCGGAAGUUUCAACUAGUCCUGCCACAACUGUACCUUCAGCGGCAAGAUUUUCUUCUGCACCUGCUGCUCAACAGCAUUCAAAUGUACCUCAUAGAUUUGGACCUUAUUCCGGACAAAACCCAAAUCAAGAUAUUCAAUUACCGACUCCAGCUCCACCUCCUCCUCAGCCAGAAAAUGAUGCUGGUCAAGAGGAACGAGCAAGGUAUGAACAAUGGUUGCUGAGUACAGAUCAAAUUAAUACCUCAAAUACUAAACAUCUGGAAGAUAAAGUAAAUGGCUUAAGAAAGACGAAAAAGUCAGUUGCAGCAAAAAAUAGACAAGCAAAAAAAGCUGGCAAUGAACCAUCGGAAGCUGACCAACAAGAAAUUGAUAGAUUAAAUUCAGACAUCUCGGGCAUUCAGAGACAAGUAGAAGCAGCCAGAAAACAACAGAAAAUUCACCAACAACUUAUGCAAGAUUAUCAUACAAAAAAUCAAGAACGUUUUGGUGCUUUGCAAAUGCAACAACAAACCCAAAACGUACAAAUGUCCCAGAAUAGCCCAAUGAAUUCUCCGAGAAUACCUGGUCAACCGCCUAUUAGACUGCCGGCUCAUAUGAGGCAAAAAUAUGAUGAGUACAUUCAACAACGCCUUCGAGAAGCAAGUCAAGGCCCACAAGUCUUGACGAAUUCAGGAAGCAAGCCGAACGUGAAAAGAGAUGAAACUAAGUACGCAGUACAACAGGAUGAAAAUAACCCGUUUAGCGAUACGUAUCAACACAGGGAACACUUAGAGAAGCUGCAUUUGCAAGAACAACAGAGAAUACAAAUGGAGCAACAUUUAAAACAGCAUGGUGAUUCGCCACAACAGCAUCACACACCAGGUCAAUAUUUGGAUUUUCGGCCACGAUUUACUCAUCCAAAUUUUAAUCAAGAAGGACCACAACAGUUUGCUGGUCCAAGAUACGCUGGACCACAUGGAGGUCCAUUGAGAUAUCCAGGAAUGCAGCCGGAGGGUCAAAGGAUGAGCUAUGGCGGCGAAGGAGGACCAAGGAUACCUUAUGUGUACAACGCCCCGUACGGACAAACUUCCAUGACAAGGAUGUCGCCACCAAGUGCAAUAAAUGCACCAAAUGCAGGAGCAGGACCUGUUUCUGACCUCCAAAGAUUGGCUAGUAUGCAACCACAGGUGUCUCCUUUACACACCUCAUUUCCCAAAGUAUCACCCGGAGUGGGCAGACCAGAAUCAGCUGCUUCUGACAAGUCGGAACCGAGUCGCCCUUCAUCCUCCAGUGGAACUCCAUUCAGUAUCAAGCAAGAAAGAGACGGAGAAGAUGAAGGAAAAGAUUUUCUAGACGACAAAGACGCAGAUGCUAAAAGCGUUGCUGGAAACGCUCUUUUAAAGCAACUUCUAAAUAACAAACAAAAGGAUAAUAAUGCAAUGGAGCAAGCCGAAGGCUUACCACACUCUCACUCACCUAAUGCUGUACCGUUAACACCGCAACAACAACAUCAAUUGGCUCUAAUAGAAUCCAUGCCUAUGCAUAUAGAAAGAGAAGAAUGGACAGAGCGACCCCCUAUGACACCACACCCUCUUAUGCAUCAUCAUGUAUCUCCUGAUCAUAUACAUAUGAUGCCACACCAGGCCUUGCCUCCUUCAGCUGUUGUUAUUCAAGAUGAGGCAAAAAAGAAAGUGGGUCAGAAACAACAAAGACAAAGGAAAAGAAAAGAAGAUUCGAAGAAACGACAGAGGAAACAGCAAAUGUCACCAGUAAUGGCUCCACCACCACCAGGUGCAGGCGCUCCAGCUCGCCAAAUAGAUGAUUACAAUACCGCAGUUGUAGAACAGGUAAUGGGACAUUUACGUUCUCUUCCUGGAUGUCAUCUGGAGGAACCAGAAGUACUAUUCAAUAAUAGCGUUGUUCCUGUUAAGGGCCAACCAAAUAACUUUGCCCAAUCAACCAUUUUGACAGGAAAUUAUGGCAAAGCUGUCAUAACUAUAGAUAAAGAAAAAUUACCGGCUGUUGAUUUUUAUGGAACUGGAAAAUUUAAGGUUCAAAAAGAAACACAUAAAGAUGAGAAUGAAGAACAUUUUACACUACCAAAAGUAGACUCUGAAAGUAAUAUGGAUAGUGAAGUUACACGAGGAGUAAAUGAAUGCUUUGAGAAUGGUGACGGAGGUCAAGCUUCAGAUAAAGAAAACUCAAUUGUUCAUCAAGCUAUUCCUUCAAUAACACCUCCUCUCAUACCACCACAAAAUAAUCUUACGAAUAGAAUUUAUAUGAUGUCAAGGAAUAGUAAUCAGUCUCCAUGUACUGUGGUAUCCAUGUCACCGCCAGCUGAUUGUUCUGAAAAUGAUAAUCUGAUUAAGCUUAUCAGGCCAAGUGAAUUAAAAAUUACCAAAGAUCGCAUUGAUUGUAGCAGUCCUGAAGUACCUCUUAUUCGUCCUAUAGCAAGACGAGCUCUAAAUCUAAGUACAAUUCCACCUGUUGAAUCGGACCAAUUAAGUCUUGGUAAGAAUUCAACGAUUUCUGGAAUCUUAGAGCCAGAAUCACAACCGCCAAUGACGCCAGACUUGCCGUUUAAAGCAAGGGACACAACUAAAGAUCAAACAGAAGUAACCUUAACGUUAAGUGUUAAAGCUCCUGAGGAUAUUAAUUCAGUUCUUAACACUUUGGCGGAUCUAUUGAAAAUUUCUGUACCUCCAACUUAUGAAAUUUCCCGAUCACCAUCACCAGAGGCUGUUUCAUCCGGACAAAGCAAUGUUACAAUGAAAGAGGAUGCUGUCAAUAUUCAAUCACUUAUUAAGUCAAAGCCUAGAAUGUGUAAAAAUUGUGACAUGAUGAUACUGAAAUCGGCUGUCAAGAAGAGAAAGAGUGACUAUUUGAACAAAGAUGAAUUUGACUACGAGGACGAAGACCUGAUGUUUUGUAGUUCAACUUGCAGUCAGGCUUAUUCUCCCGAAGAAUACUAUAGAAAGACGAAGCUAUAUAUGCAAAUGCAAAAGGAAGCUUGCAUGUCAUCAACAGCCACUCAAACUAUGAUGACACCAAAUAGAAAUUUUACCAGUCAGGUUUCACAAGAAAAAGUCUCUCCACCAGAUUCGCCUUCGAAGCCCUCCUUAAAACUUCUUGAUCCACCAAAAAUGAAGAAACUACGAGAGGCUGGCUGGAAGAGGUGGAAUAUCAGUUGUGCAAAAGAAUUUAAGCCUACGGAUCCAUUGUCAAAGGAAGAAGUGAAAGAAUUAAUGCAAAAAAUGGGUGUUGCAAUAAAAAUUCGACCAACUCCUGAAGAUGUAAGAAAAUGCUGUUUCUGUGGUCAUCUAGGCGAUGGAAAAACAGAUGGACCAGGAAGGCUAUUAAACUAUGACGUGUCAGUCUGGGUGCAUCUAAAUUGCGCUCUCUGGUCAUCUGAGGUGUAUGAGACAAUGAAUGGUAGUUUAAUCCAUGUUACUGAUGCUUUAAAGAGAGGCUCAUCAGUAAAAUGUACCAAAUGUAAACGACCUGGAGCAACUUUAUCCUGUUUCAAAACUAAUUGCGCAGCUCCUUUUCACGUCAGGUGUGCAAAAGUUGAGGGAUGUACAUUUUUUCAUGACAAAACAAUUUUAUGUAACAAGCAUAAAAAUAUGCCAGAACCUGAAGGUGUAUUGAAUUCUUUAAAAGUUUUCCGAAAAGUAUAUGUUAGCCGACGAGAAACUGAACAAGUAGCAUCCAUUGUUCAUAAAACUGAAGAGAAACAAUGUAAAGUGAGGAUAGGAUCGUUAACUUUAGAAGCAGUCGGCCAACUGCUUCCUCAACAGAUUUCAUCAGGAAAAUUCCAUACUCAAAAUUAUAUAUAUCCUGUUGGUUUUAGAACAAGAAGAUUAUACUGGAGUUAUAGAACUGUACAUGCCCGUUGCCGAUAUGAUUGCUCUAUAGACGAAGAAAAUGGAGAACCAAAAUUCACUGUUUCCACUCAUGAACCUGGAAUUGAAGACGAAACUUUUAGUGGACAAACUCCAGGCUUGGCCUGGUUUCCUAUUCUCAGAGCGGUGGAGAAGUUGCGUCAAAAAGCUGAACUAGUUAAUAUGUUUCCUGCUUUUAUCUCAGGCGAACAACUAUUUGGCUUGUCAGAACCUUUAAUUGUAAGAGUAUUGGAAUCCCUGCCAUGCGCAGAAAUGCUGACAGGUUAUAAUUCCAAGUUUGGUAGAACACCGUUUAUCGAACCGCCUUUGGCUAUUAACCCAACCGGAUGUGCCCGAUCAGAACCAAAAAUGCAAACUCAUAUGAAAACUAGACCGCUCCCAGGAAUGAGCUCUAAUUUGAAUACGAGUCCUACUCGACACCCACAUCAAAGUGCAAGCAACGCAAUGUCUUCACUAGAUUUGUACAACAAACAUUUUGUUCAUUCCAAGUCCCAACAGUACAAAAAAUUGAAGGUAGAAUGGAGGUGUAACGUAUACUUAAGAAGAAGCAAUAUUCAAGGUCUAGGGUUGUAUGCUGCAAGAGAUUUAGAAAAACAUACUAUGGUAAUAGAAUACGUUGGAGAACAAAUUCGUGCUGAGUUAUGCGACAUUCGUGAAAGAUUAUAUGAACAGCAAAACAGAGGUGUAUAUAUGUUCAGACUUAACGAUUCAUAUGUAAUAGACGCUACAAUGUGUGGUGGACCUGCGAGAUAUAUAAAUCAUUCAUGUAAUCCAAAUUGUGUUGCUGAGGUAGUACCUUUUGAAAGAGGUGAAUUAAAAAUUAUAAUAAUAGCUAAACGAAGAAUUACGCGAGGCGAGGAGUUAACGUACGACUACAAAUUUGACUUUGAAGAUGAUCAGCAUAAAAUACCGUGCCUUUGCUCUUCGUCCAACUGUCGGAAGUGGAUGAAUUAA